UAUAAAAUUGGCACAACACAACACAACUGGUGUCGAAUAAAAUCUCAAUUUUAUUUCAUUCAUUAGACCCAAACACUGAGCGGAUCAACAAUGGCGGAAACCGAAAACCCUUCCGAAACGGUGCCGUCCAGUUCACAACCUUCUUCUUCUCAGAAAUCGCCCCAAGAUUCUUCCCAGGUACCUGCAUUUUCGAAUUUUCAGCCUUUUCCAGGUGGAUAUUAUCAAAUGUUUCCUGGUAUGUACCCUGCGCUAGUUCCAGGGUUAAAUAUGCCGCAAAAUGAGGAACAUGGGAACCGUGGAGCUGGCAUAUAUGCUGUUCCUGUUAACCCCUUUGAUAGACAAGUUACUGGACUUCCUUACAACACUCUGAUUCCGCUGACUUACCGUACACCUACUAGUAGGCCAAGUUCUGAAGCUGCUGCUGCCAGUGAAAAUCAGGGGCAAACAGGAUAGCAACAGCAAGCUCAACAGCCGCAGCUUGCACCUCAAAGACAGGUUGUUGUCAGAAGAUUUCAAAUUGCAUUUCAAAUUGAUUUGUUUCUUAUGUUGAAGCUGGCCGCUGUGAUCUUUUUGUUUAACCAAGAUGGAUCAAGGGAGAGGCUUGUUGUUCUCGUGUUCUUUGCUGCUCUUGUAUAUUUAUACCAAACUGGAGCUUUGACACCGAUUAUAAGAUGGCUUUCCCGAGGUAUGCAGAGAGCAACAACACCUCCUCAUAUAGCACCAAGACCUGCAGCCAGGGCUGAGAAUGUUCCUGCUCCCAGGCAGGAGGGAGACAAUGCUGCUCCAGCAGAGGGUCAACCUGAAGCCGAGAAUGGGAACCAGCCUGCUAAUGAUGCAGACCGGGCAGUUGAGAAUGAAAAUGUUGCAGGACCUGACAGAGUCAAUGGUGGGAAUCAGUGGUGGGGCAUUGUGAAGGAGAUCCAGAUGAUUGUCUUUGGAUUUAUCACUUCCCUUCUCCCUGGAUUUCACAACCAUAUGGAUUGAACUAUAUUUUGUAGCUUAUGAAAUUGACAUAUGGCCUAUGUGAGCUUGCCAGAGACAUGGGUAGAGGGUUUUCUGAAAUAAAAUGUAUAGCAUCAGAAGUUCCAAGCGUCAUAACUAAUCUAUACAUAGUUAGGUGCAACUAUAUUCCAGCGGAAAGUAUGGUGCAACUAUAGAGUGCCGUUUUUGUAUCAUUACUUGGAUUGUUGAUAAAAACAGUUUUUGCGGCUUCUACAGCGCAGGUUUCUACCUCACAGGGGCUUUGGUUUUGUUUAGCUCCCAGUACUGUUUUUGAUUGCAAGUGCCUGAUGACUUGGUUCUUUUCAAACUCUACGAUCUUUUCAAAGUGACUAAUGAUUUUCAGGUCAUCAAUCUCUCUCCAAAUUGUCUCAAGUUAACAUUAAUGGAGAGCAAUUCACAAGUCUGCAUGUUUGGAACUUUUGGGUGCUGUAAGUAUUUUUGGUGAAGGUUAAUCUUUGUAUUUUUGUUUUUUGUUUUGAACGUACUUUUGGAAGAAGUGAUGAUGACUAUCCAAACAUAAUUGGACUGAACGUUGAAUUUCACAAUAAAUGAAAAAGAAUUAUAUUAUAACUCAA